AUGCCUAUGAAGGUGUGUUUUGUGGUGACGUUGUGCCUCGUUGAAGCGUUCACAUUCACCGCUCAUAACAAAGCAGCCUUAAUUGGUUUUGCUUACAAGACGAUCAAAGACGUUGACUGGUUUUCUUGUAUUGUUACUUGCCAAGAAGAUCUCUCCUACAUUUCAUACAAUUUCUGCGUAGCGGAACACCGCCAUUACAUCGGUACUUGUUCUCUCAAUAACUGCAGCCUUGACGACCCCUGUUCUAACGAAGCUAUCUUGAUUUGGGUUCCCGAUUGCACUUUUCAUCAGCUUGAACAAAUCCAGGUUUGAGAAUUAUUAAAUCAUCAAGGAACAGAAGUAAUGUUACCAUCUUUUUAUAAUGUUGUUGUUGUUUUUUUUUUUUGCGUAUCGUGCAUCUGCUAACAUCUUCAAUUUGGAUGGACGCUUGAACGUAAAUUUAGAUGCAACAAUCUUAGAAAUUAAAAAAAAAUUAAAAAAUUAAAAAAAUUAAAAAAUUAUGGGCCGCUCUGUGGUCAAUGUAGGAAGAAAUUUAGCUUAAGUGAAGGACGAGACAAAAAAAAUACAACAAACGCUUCAUCACUUUUUAUCGUUUCUUAGUCGAGUUCAAAUUUAUCUUAGGCAUGAUCGACUUGAAAUUUCUUUUUAACAUAUUUUUUGUUUGCAGAGUAGAAAAACAAGAUGCGACCAUAAAAGACUGCAUCCUGGCAAGGAAACAGGCUGGACGUUUAUUUUUCGCUAACUUACUCCAUGACUCAUAAAGAACCUUACACAUACGAGAAGACCUUUUACGCUUAAAACAUUUUCCUCCUUGCAGGAGUUGUCAAAGCGAGUUUAAGCUGCAAAGACAAAAUGCAGAUUUAUGUGGAUGGCAAUGAGGAGACUGAUAUGAUCGACUAUAAAAAAGUUGAUCAGUCGAGGGUCUUUAGUUUGUCCAUUUAA